UCCUUUCGGGGAAACUUCGGAUCUGUUCGGCUCCACGUUCGGGUGUUUCCGUAACAGGCCAACAGCCGUUGUCAAGGGCAACGCUAAGCAUCUGGCUGUGUCGGAAUUGAGGCCCGAUAGGCCUCUGUUUCUCUCUCGGGCUAAGGUGGCGCUGGUAAGGGCAAACUCGGGAGUCGAGAUGCGGGACGAAGACGGGAUUUCAACUUGCCCUCGCUUCUUUCGAUAAACCUACUCGAGGGUGCUGCUGCCAGACCCAAGCAGGAAUUCAACAGAUGGAGGACAGGGAGGUGUGUGUGUGUGUGGACACUAGUCUACUGUAAAAAGGUUUACUUGGAAGAAAAUUGCACUGAAUUCUUAUUCCCAAGUAUUUACCAUGGCUGUAUACAUUGAUCAUCGAAUAGAAGCCCUCGAGUCCCGUGGACCCCAUUCUCACAUAGCUUGGCACCAUCUUCAGCCAUUUUUGGCUGUUGCAUCCGUUAAUCCAAACUCUGGGGGCAGUGUGGAUAUUUUUCUAGAACAGGGAGAGUAUGUGUGUGAUGCACACUUGGAAAGAAGUUUCCGGGCCACGUGCCUCAGUUGGCACCCAUCCAAACUGAUACUGGCAGUUGGCUGUGAGAUGGGAGACGUGGUAGUGGUGAACAAGCAAGACAAAGAACAUCAUGCAGUACCAUCCAACCAUAAUGCUGACAUCACAGUCCUGAGCUGGAGUACUAACGGCACCCGUCUAGUUUCUGGUGACAAACUUGGUGUCCUUGUGUUAUGGAGGAUGGACCAGCGGGGCAGAGUUCAAGGCCCACCUCUGCUUAAACAUGAGUAUGGAAAGCAUCUCAAUUACUGCAUCUUCCGGCCACCCCCUCCUGGCGAGGACUUGGUACAGCUAGCAAAAGCUGCAGUGAGUGGUGAUGAGAAGGCCCUGGACAUGUUUAACUGGAGGAAAUCUGGGAUGGGAAUGCCUUUGAAAAUGGGACCACAGGAAGGGCUGUCCUUUUUUGUCAGUGGGACAGAUGGAACUGUGCAUUAUGUGAAUGAGAGAGGGAAAACAAGCCAGACAUUGACCACAGAGAGUUCCGUCCACAAGCUGCUGUUCAUGGAAAAGGAUAUUUUGGUAGUAAUCACAGAAACUCUCCUCUUAUCUCUUCACAAAAUUUCUGUUGAAGGAGAAGCAGAGGAAGUCUUGAAGGUGAAACUGAGUGGAAAGAUGAGUCAUCCUGCUGAUAUCAUUUUGAUUGACCGUAGCCUUCUUAUAGCUGCAACAGGUGAACCAGUUCUCAGGUUCUGGGACUUGGAGAAAGGUGAGAACUAUGUGCUGUAUCUGGACGAGCAGCUUGGGUAUGAAACAGGAGAGUGCCUCAACUGUGUCUCCUAUUGCAAUGCUAAAGGCCUCCUAUCAGCUGGUACCGACAGAGGGAAAAUAGCUAUGUGGAGAAAGGUGUCAUUCUCCGGCCAAAGCCCAUGGACUCUAGAAGGCAAGGACAGAUGGAAGCUUCAGGCACCUACGGAGCUUGAGGGGAAUAUAAUUCAAAUAAAGUGGGGAUCCAAGAAGAAUUUGUUGGCUGUUAACACAACCACCUCUGUGGCAAUCCUUAGUGAACAGGCAAUGUCUUCACACUUUCACCAACAAGUGGCGGUGGUGCAAGUUUCGCCAAACCUGUUCAGCAUCACCUCCUUCAGUUCAGGAGGGACAGACAACCUCCGCGUUGACAUGCACGUGAAUGGCGUUUUUGCCACCAAGGAUGCUGUAGCAUUCUGGAACGGAAAGCAAGUUGCUAUCUUUGAACUCUCAGGUGCCACUUUACGAAAUUCAGGUUCUUUCUCCUGUGAUUCCCCCGUGUUGGCUAUGCAUGAAGAAAACCUUUACACAGUUGAGCCAAAUCGUGUUCAGGUUCGCACCUGGCAGGGUACUGUUAAGCAGCUGCUGGUGUUCUCUGAAUCUGAAGGGAAUCCGUGCUUCCUGGAUGUCUGUGGGAAUUUCUUGACGGUGGGAACAGACUUGGCUCAUUUUAAAAUCUUCGAUCUUUCUCGCAGGGAGGCAAAAGUACACUCCAGUAGCAAGGCCCUGGCUGAUCUGGUUCCAGGCGCCAGUGGGAUUGCAUCUGUAAAGUGUAAUGCAAGUGGCAACAAAGUUAGCAUCCUCAUCAACAAGGCUGAUGGGAGUCUUGACUCCAAGAUUUGUUUCUAUGACAUUGAAAUGGACAUAGUCACCCUGUUUGAUUUCCAAUCCGGCAAACAAAAGGAUGCCAGGGAGAUGCUGUCCAUUGGACAGGAGGCUGAAGGGAGAAACACUUCUGAGUAUCCAGAACUGGGUGACCGCAUCCCUGCUAGUCACUUCUGGGAUCAAAGUGAACCAAGGCUUUUUGUAUGCGAAACAGUUCUAGACCCAAGUCAACAGUCGCUGGAUAAGAAGCAGCAAACAACAGAAGACUUGAUGGAUGUUUUGAUUAUAUCCUUCUUCAGUACUGAAGAGCAUGGACUUUUGCUCCAUGACAAUUUUCCGUUGCCAUCAGCCUACCGGUCUCUUUUGGGCAUGGAGGUGCCACAUUAUUACUUUGCCAAAAAGUUGUUGUUUUGGAGAGGAUCUGUCCAUAAACCUUAUCCAGAAGUUGAGAAAAAAGACGAGGAAGAGCCUAGUGGGGUCACACUCUAUCAGAUGGUAGCCAGAAGGCCAAUGCGGGACUUCAUUGGGUUGGAAGAGUGUGACAAGGCCACACGCGAUGCUAUGCUUAACUUCAGCUUCUAUCUCACCAUUGGGGAUAUGGAUGAGGCUUUUAAAUCUAUCAAGCUCAUUAAAAGUGAAGCCGUCUGGGAGAACAUGGCCCGCAUGUGUGUGAAGACGCAGAGGCUGGAUGUUGCCAGAGUUUGCCUGGGGAACAUGGGUCACGCUCGAGGAGCCAAGGCGUUACGGGAGGCUGAGCAGGAGCCAGAGCAGGAAGCCAGGGUGGCCAUGUUGGCAAUUCAGUUGGGCAUGCUGGAAGAUGCUGAGCAUUUGUACAAACAGUGCAAGCGUUACGACCUUCUGAACAAAUUCUACCAGGCCUCAGACCAGUGGGAGCAAGCUAUAGAAGUAGCUGAGGCUCAUGACCGCGUCCACCUGCGCACCACCUACUACAAUUACGCAAAGCAUUUGGAAGCCACAGGCGAGCGCAAUCUUGCACUCACCUACUACGAGAAGUCAGACACACACAAGUUUGAGGUACCUCGAAUGCUUUCAGAAGACCUGCAGGCCUUGGAGUCUUAUGUCAACAAGAUGAAAGACAAGGGCUUGUGGAAGUGGUGGGCCCAGUACCUGGAAGGCCAGGCAGACAUGGAGGCGGCUUUGAAAUAUUACGAACUGGCUCAGGAUUACUUUUCCAUGGUCCGUAUUCACUGUUUCCUGGGUAACACCCAGAAGGCAGCUGAAAUAGCAAACGCAACAGGGAACUGGGCCGCUUCGUAUCACGUCGCCCGUCAUUAUGAGAGUAAUGAUGACAUCAAUCAGGCUGUGCACUUCUACACCAGAGCUCAAGCAUUUAACAACGCCAUUCGACUGUGCAAGGAGAACAAUCUGGACGACCAGCUGAUGAACCUGGCUCUUCUCAGUUCACCAGAAGACAUGAUAGAAGCAGCCCGCUAUUACGAAGGGAAGGGGGAACAAAUGGACAGGGCAGUGAUGCUGUACCACAAGGCAGGGCACUUGUCCAAGGCUCUGGAAUUGGCCUUUGCCACCCAACAGUUUGCAGCCCUUCAGCUCAUUGCUGACGAUUUGGAUGAGAAGUCUGACCCAGCCCUCCUGGCUCGUUGUUCUGACUUCUUCAUUGAGCACACCCAGUACCAGAAGGCGGUUGAACUCUUGCUAGCUGCCAAAAAGUACCAUGAUGCUCUGCAGCUUUGCCUGACACAGAACCUGACCAUCACCGAGGAGAUGGCCGAGAAGAUGACCAUUUCGAAGGACUCCAAGGAGCUCUCGGAGGACUCCCGUCGGCAGCUCCUGGAGCAAAUUGCUGAUUGCUGCAUGCGGCAGGGCAACUAUCACAUGGCCACUAAGAAGUACACUCAAGCGGGAAACAAGCUCAAGGCAAUGAGAGCCUUGCUCAAGUCAGGAGAUACAGAGAAGAUUGUGUUCUUUGCCGGAGUCUCAAGACAGAGAGAGAUUUACAUAAUGGCUGCCAACUAUCUCCAGUCCCUGGACUGGCGCAAGGACCCAGAGAUCAUGAAGAACAUCAUCAGCUUCUACACCAAAGGGAGGGCUCUCGACCUCUUAGCUGGCUUUUACGAUGCUUGUGCUCAGGUAGAGGUGGAUGAGUACCAGAACUAUGAGAAGGCACUGGGAGCCUUGACGGAGGCAUAUAAAUGCCUGUCAAAGGCAAAGACACGGAGCCCUGUCGAGCAAGAGAGCAAACUUGCACUCUUACACAGCAAGAUGGCACUGGUGAAGAGAUUUAUUCAGGCCCGGAGGCUUUAUUCAGAGGACCCCAAGGAGGCAGCAAGGCAAUGUGAGUUGCUCUUGGGUGAGCCAGACCUCGAUAAUGCCAUCCGCCUAGGGGAUGUCCUAGGUUUCCUAGUAGAGCAUCACCUACAGGUGCAAGAAUUUCAGAUGGCCUAUCGCUACCUAGAGGAAUUGCGGGGGAAAAUUCCCUGUGUAAACCUCAAUUACUAUGUGAGCCAACAGACUGUGGAGGCAGUUCACAGAGGCCUGGGCAUUCCUCUGAGCCGAAACCCUGCCCCAGAGAGAGUUCGCCACAACAGCAUAGAGGACAAAGGUGUGGAAGAGGAAGUGGCAGAUGAAGUGGAGGCUUCCUAACUGAAGUCCCAGCUGGGACUCUGUCAGAUGCAUCCUUUGCCAUCUUGAUACUUCUGGUGGGAAUGGAAUAAAGAGAACAAACUCAUUCCCUCACUCGACUGGGCUCCCCAGCCUUGACCACAGAGGUGCCCACCUAGAUGCUCACAGGAACUCACGUGUCUGUGUGGAAGCGCAGGGUCCAGACAAAGUCGAGCAGUGCCUUCCCCAUUGCAGCCGCAACCUGGAGGAGACACAAACACACAAAUCAGGAUCUGUGGAAGAUGCGUUACAUGGAAAGCCUCAGGCAGGGAUGGCCUGAGACGUUUUGCUUUCUGAGGCGGAAAAUCCAACUGGUAAAAACAAUAAACUAAGGCUGCAAUGUCGUGGUCACUUUCCUUGGAGUAAGCGCCACUUAACACAGUGGGACAUUUGCUUCUGAGUUAACAUGUGUAGAACUGCACUGUAAAGCACUGACAAUUUGCUGCCCUUUACUAGUACUGCAGUCUGUUGCCCAAGGUGAGCUGCCUCUACUCUCCCUAAUGGAAGGCCUUCCCUGGCUUCAGGCAUUAGCCACCAAUGAACAAAAACAUUGGCUCAACCACAACAGAAGGCACUACUAACUCAACAAGCUGAGGAUGAACUCCAGAAGGUGAAGGAGGCAAAAACACGUAUGUGACAAAAACUUGGCAUGUAUCGAUUUAAGAAACAUAAGCAUCCAUUUUAAACUAGCGAGCAUAACAUUUAAAGAUUAAAUAAAUAAUAUGCAUUUUCCCAGAUGUCAAAUUGCAUUUUAUUUUAUUUUGGGGGGAUAUUUAUAUCUCUCUUGAAUGAAUGAUCAAACUGGCUUGCAUGGCCAAGGAAUAUGGAAUUAUUUAUCACCAAGUGACCCAAUCAAGAAUAAAAGAGUCCGUCUUGGGAGGCUUUCAGGUAUGUCAGUGCCUAACAAGGGGGGAAGGGAACAGUGACUGAGAGCUGUGUUGAGAGCAAAAGAAACACCCACCCCGGACGUUAGAACUGCUGGCUCUUGCUGCUGUGCUGAAACCUGGGAGCUUAUGUGGAAUCCAGACAGCACCUGGUCUUUCGAGAUGGGGUAGAGAAGCUACAGCCCUCCAGAUGUUGUUGCACUCCAACUUCCAUCUGCCCCAGUCAGCAUGGCCAAGAGUCAGGGAAGAUGGGAACUGUAAUCCAGUAACAUCUGGAGGACCACAGAUUUCCCCAACCUGGAAAGAAGGAAGCACAUUCCCAGGACCAGUGGCUGCAGAGAAGAGCAUGGGCAAAGGCGCUGCAGGGCCUCUGCUAAUUCAGAGCACAAAGCAGUCAAACUCCCUGCAUGUGCCACAUGGAGAUUCUCAGCCCCUUAUGUCCCAUCUGCUGAAGCAAGUGUUCACUGGCUCCCUUUGGCAGAAAGUGGAAUGCCACGGCUCGCUGAAAGCCAAGCACAGGCAACUGCGCGCUCCUGAGGCACUUUUGAAGGCCCUCCCCCUUAGCUCCUUACCACAGUGUUAACAGCGAAAUACAUUAGAAUAGCCAAGGUGUGUGUCAUCCGUCCCAGUACCAGGUGAUCAUCUCCCAAAAGGUCAAAGGUGGUCAGUGGCCUGGAAGGCAGAGGGGGAGAACGUCUGGAUGGGUGAAGCAAGCCUCAGAGUCUCAGCUUGGUUUUCACCAGCUGGGAAUGGUUCUUCCCCAUCCAGCUGGCCUCUGUUAUGCCUGAAGAGAGCCCAACCCAGAAGCCAAGACAGAGCCUUCUUAUUCAGAAAUAGAAUAAGAGGAGAAAGGUGGCAAUUCCAAAAGGAGCCAAGUACCUGGGCACAAAGGGGCUCUUUGCACAUUGUUGCUGUAGCAGGUCCUACAAAUGAAAAGCUAAACUACAGUGCAGUCCUUAUAAACAGCUUGGACUGUUCUGGCUCUCAGA